UUCCCGGCUCGCAGCCCGCACCGCCUGGCUGAGACCGAGUAGCCUGCGCUCGCCAUGAAGCGGCCCCGGGAGCCGAGCGGCUACGACAGCGAGUCCGAAGGACCCAUCGACGUGGGCCGCGAGGGCGAGCUGAGCCAGAUGGCCAGGCCACUGUCCACCCCCAGCGCUUUACAGAUGCAAGCCAGGAAGAAACGCAGAGGGAUCAUAGAGAAACGGCGCCGGGACCGCAUCAACAGCAGCCUCUCUGAACUGCGGCGCUUGGUCCCCACUGCCUUUGAGAAGCAGGGCUCCUCCAAGCUGGAGAAAGCUGAGGUCCUGCAGAUGACAGUAGAUCACUUGAAAAUGCUCCAUGCCACUGGCGGGACAGGAUUCUUUGAUGCCCGAGCAUUGGCAGUUGACUUCCGGAGCAUCGGUUUUCGGGAGUGCCUCACUGAGGUCAUCAGGUACCUGGGGGUCCUGGAAGGGCCCAGCAGCCGUGCAGACCCCGUCCGGAUUCGCCUGCUCUCCCACCUCAACAGCUAUGCAGCUGAGAUGGAGCCUUCACCCACGCCCGCGGGUCCCUUGGCCUUCCCUGCCUGGCCCUGGUCCUUCUUUCAUAGCUGCCCAGGGCUGUCAGCCCCGAGCAGCCAGCUCGCCAUCCUAGGAAGAGUGCCUGGCCCCAUCCUCCCCAGCGCCUCCUCUCUUGCUUACCCGAUCCCAGCCCUCCGAGCCGCUCCUGUGCGCAGAGCUGCUGGCACCAUCCUGCCAGCCCGGAGGAAUUUGCUGCCCAGUCGAGGGGCAUCUUCUUCCCGGAGGGCCCGCCCCCUGGAGAGGCCAGCUGCCCCCCUGCCCACGGCCCCCAGUGGCAGGGCUGCCAGGAGCAGCCACAUGGCAGCCCUCCUGCGAUCUUCUUCCCCCCCACCCCCUGGUGUUGUGGGGUCCCCUGCGUGUGUGGCUGUUCCUGCCCCCAGGCUCUCUUCCCUAGGGGCAGCCGGGAGACCAGCAGGAGCCAUGCUCUACCACUCCCGGGUCUCUGAAGUCACUGAAAUUGGGGUUUUCUGAGCUGGCUUUCGCCCCAGGAGUGAGGAAAGUUAUUUUUCCAGGAGCCCCAGAAAUGGCCCUGCUUCCUGGACUGGCUCGUAUGUGAAGGCUCCUCCUCCUUCGGCCCGUCUCCCCUCCUCACUGCUCACCCCAGCUUGUCCACCCAGUGCUCCAGGAGCUGUUGGAUCUCAGAGGCUUGGUCUCAUGUCUUACCUGGACAGAGGAGUCCCGGGAGAGCCCCUGAGAGCUUUGCCCAGACCCUAUCCCUGCUCCAACACACACAGGGCAGCAGACAUGUAUGUUAGGUCUGGAAACAAAGUUUUAGCCUAAAAGGCACAAUGGCCUGAGGCAGACUGUUUACCUAGAGAGAUCAGACCCCAGCCAGGAGCAGUGACUGAAUACUGACUGGCUGCAGCCUUCCCAUACCCUUAGGCACAGAACAUAGUGUCUGCCUCACUUCCUGAGACAGUAACUUAGCAGGGCCCCCCACCCCCCACCCCCACCCCCGCAAAGAGGUCUCUGGGGAACCCUGUCUGCCCCCACCCACCCCAUCGCACUGAACCAUAGGAUAGACCCAUUGUCCACCACGGCCAAGGUCUGGGACCUGGGAACCCAGCAGGGCCUGCUCCUGCCCUCUUCCUAGCUGAGUGACAGAUCUCUGCACACAGCUGGGAGAUUUUGGGGGUAGCAGUAAGGCCCCUCUACAGGGUGUUCUUAACACCAGUCCUCAGACAGCACUCCCAGGCAGGAGCCAGGAUUGAGCAGAGAAUCUGGCUCCCUGCCUGUCGUCCAGUCACCCUCCUCCAGACAUGUGGUCCAUGUUGGGCGCACAGUGUGAGGGCCUUGUUCCCACGUGAUGGUCCCCAGAGAGGAAUCCUCUUGGGAUUCAGCACCAGACAUUGGUGCAGCCUGGUCUGCAUCCGGCCACAGAACCCAGACUGCUGGGACAGCCACAGGCUGUCGGACUGGACAAAAAUAACUGUGAGGAGGGGCGAGAGGAAGGACAGUCAGAGGCGGCUUGGUCCUGCAAGGUCGCAUGGUUGGUCAAGGGCCUGAGAUCCUGUUCACCCAGGAUCCCACGCAGCGGGCUCUGCCCCAGCCCGGGCCGCUUUUCCUCUGAGUGAACAAAUAGCCCGACAACCAUUCCCAGUGGAAUAGCAGAGACUGGAAAAGAUUGGGGCAGUCCCAGGCAUGACAUUCAGCUGGUCCACUGUUGCCAGACCUGUUGUUAGGAUGUAGAAACAUUUCUGUGCUCAUUGGCAAAUAUCUCCUUCCUCUGGGCACCACUCCCUGCCAUCCCCCGCCCCAACACCCACCACCACAUGGUGUUUCCCCCAGGAUCCCAUGCUGAUUAAUGCCUGGCAGACCCAAGGCAUGGGGUCCUCCAGCCAGCAAUUGGUUGGUGCUUAUUCUGCACUGGUUACUAAAUACUUGGAGUGUCACCCCUGGGAAGACUCCCCACCUCCACCCUUUGGUGGAACCACCCUCCCCAGAGGCUGAAUCAAGGAGACUCCAUGGGCUCAAAAGUAAAGUUUGCAAAAACCCUGGGGGAAAAGGGCCCUUUCAGAGAAGUGGGUCAGAGGGCAAAGAUCAUUUCAGUGACCCAGAAAGCUCUUUUGAAAAGGCAAAUUCCUUAAGGAGGCAUAAAGAGCUAAAGUAAUUCUUUCACGCCUCAAUGUGAGUUUGAUUAGAUUGCUGUCCUGAACCCAUCUGAGAGGUGCAGCAGUGAAGCGAGAGGGAGCCCAUUCAAGGAGGGGGUCACUGGCCAGGAGUGCUCCUGAGGGAGGUCGAGAGGGAUUGCGGGGCAGUCAGCAGACGCCCGAGAGCUGGGAGAGGGUGACCUAGAGAGGUGGCAAAAGGCUGAAACCCACUUCACCUUCUCACAAAGGCUCCUCGCCCUGUCCCCUCUCCCUGCCCCGCUUCCCCUCCUUCCCCUUCCCAACCCUGCUCCCUGGCUUUCCCAGAUGGUGGCUCCCUGCUCCCAGGAUACCAGCUCAGUGCUGCAGUCCUGCAGCUUGGUGACUUGCUAGCCUGAGAAUUCAACAUAUACUCAUAGUGAGGCCGUGGGAAACCCAUUUCCAUGUUUCCAGUACCCAACUCCAAACAAGAAUCUGUUGACAGCAUUUCAUGAGGUGGAAAUGGCCCAGAACUUUCAGAUUCUUGGUUGAUGUUGUUAGCCCAGGAGAUUGUGAGGAAAAGGUGACCGGAUGUAUCUGUUUCUAUGGUUGAGGACUUAUAUCUUUUGCUUAUAUAUCCAAGCCUUUCUAGUACCCCCAACUCCCACCCCAUUUGCUGGGGGUCUUACAGACAUCCAAUAAAAUUUUUUUUUAGUUCUGGUAACCUCUGCCAGAUUCUACUUCUUAAAAUUUUAGAGUCCAUCCACUUCUUCCUGAACCCACAGCCAUCACCCUGGGCUGACAUCAGCACCUCUUUCUCCAGUCACUGCCCUCCGAAAGGUCAGCUUGCUUCCCUCUUGCUCUGUCAAUCAGUUCUGAACAGCAACCGGAGAGAACUUGAAACAUGCAAAUAAUAUUGUAUUAACUCUGGUUUAAAACCCUUACUCUAUUAUUCCAAAAAUCCAAGCUUUUUAUUUUCUGGUUCCAACCUAACUUCUAGCCUCUUUUCCCACCUCCAGGAUUUUGCAUAUGCUGUUCCCUUGCCCAGAAUGCUCCUUCCCUACCCUUUGCAUGGCUGAGCUCUUCAUACCCUCAAGCCUUGGCUUCAGUGUCACCUCCUCAGAGAGGCCUUCCCCGACAACUGUCUUGAAAAGCUCAUCUUUCUCCAAGUCCCCUGUUCUUUCCCUUCAUAAGAAAUGUGCCACAGCACAUCCAUUUCUGUGUGUCUCCCCCACCAGCAUGUAAGCUCCAUGAAGCCGGGGAUCAUGUCUGCUUUGCUUUCUGCCCUGGAAUCAGAACCAAGCAUGGUGCCUGGCUCAGAGUCAGUAUUCAAUAAAUAUUUGUUGAAUAAA